GCCAUUCUUCCAAUAUUAAAUAUGUCAUGUUUGUGACAAUUCUUAACUCUUUAAAGCCAGCUAAAAAACAGUAAGCAAAACAACAAAAAAUUUCAAGAAUACCUAAAACUAUGAAUACUACUAGAAGGACCAUUCUCUUUUGGUUCAUUGCCUUUACCAUUGCACUCUUUUCCAUCAUUUUCCCUCUCUAUUCCAAUUACAAUUCUCCCACAAAUGGUACUAUUGAAAGUACUAGCUUUUCACUUGCUUUGCUGAAAAGGGUAGUUGAGAAAAGUGGUUUACAAGAUUUCUUUUUUAUCUUUCAAGAAAUUACUAGGCUGCAUAAUUCUAAAUGCGACGAUACGAAAUGGAACUCCAAGCUUCUAUCAGUUUAUGGAGUUUCACAUGUUUUGACAGUAGAUUUAAAUGGUUGUGCAAAUUUUAGUAGUAUACAAAAGGCAGUGGAUGCAGUUCCUGAUGAUAGCUCUACUAGAACACUUAUUCUAGUUGAUUCAGGCACAUACAAGGAGAAAGUGGUGAUAAACAGUAACAAGACAAAUUUAAUAAUACAAGGCCAAGGUUACCUUAAUACUGCUAUAGCAUGGAAUGAUACUGCAAAUUCUACUGGUGGAACUGCCAACAGCUUUACUGUUGCUAUUUAUGCUCCCAAUUUCAUAGCCUAUAAUAUCAGCUUCCAGAACACAGCUCCUUCGGCUUCACCUGGUGAAGUUGGAGCACAGGCAGUGGCAGUUAGAGUAACGGGAGAUGAAAUUGCAUUUUAUGGAUGUGGAUUUUAUGGAGCACAAGAUACUCUUAAUGAUGAUACAGGAAGACAUUACUUUAAAGAUUGCUUCAUUCAAGGAUCCAUUGAUUUCAUCUUUGGAAAUGGUAGAUCACUUUAUGAGGAUUGCAGGAUAAAUUCAAUAGCAAAAGAAGAAAGAGGUGGAAUUGGAGGAUCCAUUACAGCACAAGGAAGAAAUUCGGAAACUGAAAAUUCUGGAUUUUCAUUUGUGAAUUGUGCUAUUAUUGGCAGAGGAAAAAUAUGGCUAGGCAGAGCAUGGGGAGCAUAUGCUACUGUCAUAUUCUCCAAAACGUAUAUGUCUGAUGUGGUUUCCUCAGAUGGCUGGAAUGAUUGGAGAGAUACAACUAGAGAUCAGACAGUAUUAUUUGGAGAAUACGAGUGUUCUGGACCAGGAGCCAACUACGAAUAUAGGGUACCAUAUGCAAAACAGUUGAAGCAAAAUGAGGCAGCUCAGUACAUGGACAUAUCUUUUAUAGAUGGACAACAAUGGCUUCUUAAUAGAGGAUCAUCAGUCACUUUUUGAUUGACAUGGACACAAAUCCUAAGAAUUUUCAGAAAAUUGCUUAUGUUGUAUAAAUAUGUAAUGACAAAGGAGUAUAUUCUUCUAUAGCAUCUUUAAAAGUUAGUAUUAGUUAUUUUUCUCGUAUACAAAAAAUUAUACAUUACACAGACUUUGUCAUUUA